AUAUGUAUUAUUUUAUAAAUGGCUUGUUCACUUAACAUACCAUGAUUUUAACACUUUUUUAUUCUUCUAUACCAGGAUUGUUAUUAGCUGUACACUAUUCCUUUGAGUAGAAAUAUAAUUAAUAUCCGUGUUCCCCUGUUCAUGGGCGCUGAAGUUAUUCUCAACUUUUUUCCUUACUAUAAUCUUCAGUCACAACAUGAUGAAGAUUGUGCUUUCUGGAUUUGAACAGCCUGGUCAUGCCCAUCUGUAAAGUUUCUACUUCCUUGGAUUGGUAUGAGGAUUGAAUCCUGAGAAGUAAUCCAGGAAAAGACAUUUAUGAGGCCUCAGGCAGGAUGGCCAAUGCCGAGCGGAGCUGGCGGUGACUCUGGGGCGCCCAGUAGCAGCUCUGUCUCCUGAGAUGAAGUGGCCCAGGUAAACGCCAGGCCUGAUGGCCAGCUCAGGGACAGAGGUGCGCUGGGCUCGGCCAGGCCUGGGGAAGGGACCCAGGCGGCGACGCUGGGCCUGGGCCCAGGAGCUGAAAGACGCAGAUGGAUGCAGCUCUCAAGGCUGGGGGGAUGAGCGGGCCUUGCCAGGUGCCGCCAGCCCAGAGCUCCUGGAGGACUUCCACCUGGCCCAGCAGCACCCGACACCCCUGGAGUGGGACCCAGACCUGCAGGAGCCAGGAGGGCCCUCCAAAGAAGAGAUUGAAGCAGAGGAUGUGGGCAGCCCAGAAGAUGUGGGCAGCCCAGAAGAUGUGGACAGCCCAGAAGGUUCUCCCCUGCCUCUCAGCUGGCCCUCUCAGCAAGACCAUCAAUUGAACAUGACCAAAGAGGAGCCAGAUGCGGCCCCCGAAAGUCCUGAGGUUGAGGAAGCUGGAGAGAGCUCCCCAAGGUUGAGGUGUAAGUCCAGUCCCAGCUCAGAGGACAAUGAAAACACCAGCCCCAUGGCUCUGGGGUGGGGUCAGGCCAGAGGCUGGGUGGCCUCUAGCAAAGCAGCCAAUGGCAACGAGCCUUCGGAACAUUCUGAGGUCAACCCAUCUGUGGAACUCAGCUUGGCCAGGUCCUGGAGCAGUGGGACUGUGAGCCUCGGCCAUCCUAGUGACAGCCUUGAUUCUACCUGGGAAGGAGAGACUGAUGUCCCCCCGUCUACUUCCCUGGCAGAAACCCUGCCACAGGGGCCCAGCCACCACCUCCUACACCGGGAUGACAGAAUUGGACACAGUGUGGCCCAGCUGACACCCACGGAAUUCCAGCACACCUCAGCUCCCCCAGCCCAGAGCUCCCAGUGCGCUGCAGGUAGAUGGACGACAGACCCUACCAGCCUGCCCAGCUUGAAGCUCAAGGACCAAGCCUGGAAGCGGACAAAGAUAUCACCUAAGCCACUGCCCUCCCGAUUCACUGGCUCCCACAGCCCCCUGAAUUCUCGGCCUAGAGCAGCCGAGAAGGACAGAUUGCAGCCUGGCCAGGGGGCUACUCCGGCUGGCCGCUCCUCUUCUGAUGCCCCCAGAUAUGGCCAGGGGUGUCUGAACUACCCACUUCCUGAUUUCUCCAAGGUGGGGCCCCGGGUAAGGUUCCCCAAAGAUGAGAGCUACCGACCCCCCAAGUCCAAGAGCCACAAAAGGCAGCCUCAGGCCUCUGUUGGACCCCUGAUCUUCAAGUCUCCGGCCGAGAUUGUGCGGGAGGUGCUGCUGAGCAGUGGAGAAGUGUCCCUGGCCAAGGGCCCACCCCCUGCCCAUCCAGUCACCAGGGUACCCCAGGAAUUUCAGACACCUGAACAAGCCACAGAGCUCAUCCAUCAGCUCCAGGAGGACUACCACAGGCUCCUCACCAAGUAUGCCGAGGCCGAGAACACCAUUGACCAGCUGCGCCUCAGGGCCAAGGUGAACCUGUACACGGACCCGCCCCAGCCCAGCCACAGCAUCCACACGGGGACGGUGCCUCAGGGAACCAAGGUCUUGUCCUUCACCAUCCCGCAGCCCCGCUCAGUGGAGUGGAGGUCCAGCCCCACCACGGAGCCCCGAGCAGCAGAGGCUGCAGGGCGGCUGGCGGCCCAAGGAGAGCUGAGCCCCUCCUUGAACCCCGACAUGCCCACCCCGGGGGGGCUUCCAGAGAGCCAGGGCACUGCCCCCAUCCAGCCCUCCUCAGAGUGGACCCGGGUGCUGGCUUCUCAGGCCAGUCGGCUCCUAGCCAAGGUGGAAUCCUUCGAGGGACUGAUGAAGGCGGGGCAGCUCAGCCCCCAGGACCGACUCAAGGGCUUCCUGCGGCUGAGGGCUGCCCACGCGGCGCUGGAGGAGGAGUACCUGAGGGCCUGCAGAGAGCUGCCCCUGGCCCCCCAGCUUGGGAACUCCCAGGGGACACCAGGGAAAUUCGAUCCUGGCAGGGAGCUGGAGGCAGAGAUUUAUCACCUGGGAAUCCGCCUGGAGGAGCUGAAGGACCCAACGCAGUGGGAGCCCGAGCUGUGCGGGGCAGCUGUGGCUCUGGACACGUGGCUCUCCCACCCACCAGUGCCCCUGCCUGCUCCUCCGGGACAAGCAUCCAUGCCAGCCCUCCCAACCCCGCACCUGGAGGCUCAGCCCACCCCAGGCCCCUGCCCGCUGCACAGGGAUGGAGAAGAGAGCCCUGGCUCCAGCGAGACAGAGCUCAGCCCGAGGGAUCUCCCUGCCCCACUCAGGCACAAGGAGCUGCAAAUGGAGCAGGACUUCCACGGCCUCCUGGAGCGGUACCUCAGUGUGAGGUCCCUCCCGGAAGCCCUGCGGGUGGAGGAGGACAAGGAGCAGUGGGGCGAGGAGGAGGAAGGAGAGGAAGAAGCAGAGGAAGAGAAGGAGCAGGCAGAGGAAGAGGGUCUUCACACCCUGGGAGGCAGUGGACCAGCUUCAGCUGCAGGCAAAGUGGAAGCCACCAGGGUUCCUCCAAGGCGACACCUGGCACGGACUGAGCGAAGUCCCAGGGCCCCUCCCCAGGAGAAUGUGGAGCAGAUGGUCUCCAGGAUGCCACCAGGCUCCCAGACAUCCAAGGCCAGAAACAGGCACCUGCCGGGCCUGGGCAAAACUGAGGCAGCUGCUCUGGGGCCUGGUGUGCCACCCAACCCAGUGGGUACCAAGGCCUCAGCCUCUCACCAGAGCAGCCUGAGCAGCCUGGAGGGGAGCGGCCUCUCGGGGCACCUCGCACCGAAGACUUUGCAUCAGCCCUCAUCAGGAAGGCGUCUCUCCCAAGCUGCCACCCUGGAGGCACCGUACCUGCUCAGGGUCCUCUUGGGACAGGGCAUGAGUCUGUGUGUUAGCGGUGCUGGCCCCGGGGCCUAUGGGCCUGACGACCCACACCCUGCCCUGGCUUCCUUCUCCGGGAACUGUGAGCCUCUGGAAUGCAGGCCUGGCCAGGCUUUGGGAGGGGCUUCCUUUGUGCCCCAGGCACAUUCCUCAGACUUAAAGGGACACUGCCUCUUUCAGGAGCCCUGGAUGGUGUCCCCUGAGACAGACAGUGGUUUCGUGGGCUCAGAAACCAGCCGAGUGUCACCCCUCACCCAGACCCCCGAGCACCGGCUCUCCCACAGCAGCACUCCAGGAACGUUAGCUCAGCAUGUCGCUGCAUCUGUGCCCCACAGUGGAGACUCCCACCCCAAGGCCAGGGGUCCCCUGGUCUCCAGGAGAGAGGCUGAGCUCAGCACCCCCAGGCACCGAGCCCCUCGGAACCUCUCCAGCACAAGUGCUGCCCCCCGCCACAGGACACCCGGCUCCCACCUGGAGCGGGCGGUGGCGGUGGCAAUGGGGGUCCCUGGCUCGGAGUUCAAGGGCCGAAAGCGGAUUCCUGAACAGGUCCUCCCCAGCAGGACAAUCAACCCCGAGCCCACUCCGGCCCCUGAAGCUGCCCCACCACCCCCUGGACCAGCAGAAACCACCCCCAACAUCCUCCUCACCAGAACAGAGCGAGACCAGGCCAUCCGCGAGCUGCAAGCAGAGGUGUCCCGGCUCCAUCUGCGGCUAGAGGACAGCCUGCAACAGCCUCCCCAGGGCAGCCCAAUGCGCCCAGCAUCUGCCUUUGACCGCCCUGCCAGGACCCGGGACCGACCCAUCAAUUCUUCAGCCACCCAGGGCUCCCACAGUAGCAGUAAAUCCACAGAGAGGUUGUCUGGGGAGCCUGAAGGUACAGAGCGAGCUUGGGCUGCAGGAAGACGCACCCGGUCCUUCUCCAUGCCUCAGGGGGUCCCCCGACUGUCCUUGAGUUCAGAAUCUGAGCCACCCUCCCUACAGCUGCCCUCUGGGAAGGUCAGGAGCACUGAGGAUGGUGCCCAGGCAGCUCACAACAGCACAAGAGGAACAAGUGGUACCAGACAGCCGGACAGGGUCUCCUUCCAGGGCCAGUACACAGGCCAGGAGUACCACGUGCUGCCCCCCAAGGCCAUCCUGAGAGGCAGUGGCUCAGCCUCCUGUGCCCACUGCCAGCCUGUUAGGACCCAGGACACAGGAGCUGCUGCCAGUGACCCACUUCGACGGCUGGCCACUGAUACCCUCCCAUGUCCCCUGUGUGGCCAAGCAGGAGCCUCUCCAGAGGAGGAUGGCCCAAGCUCAGCCACCUCUGGGGCAGACAAGGCAGCCACACGGAGAGAUGCACCUCUGGCCUCCAGCCCCAGGCAAAGGAGCAAGCGGGCAGGCUCCCUGGCACGGCCACCCCCCGGACUGUGGUACCUGGCAGCUGCACCCCCAACACCAGCUCCUCCGGCCUUUGCCUAUGUCUCCUCAGUGCCCAUCACGCCUUAUCCUGUGGCCUCCGUGUACUAUGCACCCCCAGCACCUACCUCAGCCCCCCAGGCCUCCUUGCGGCCAUCCCGAGGACACCGGCACUCCAUCCAGCUGGACCUAGACGACCUGGAAGAGCUGCACCGGGCCCUGAGCCAGGCCGUGCAGGCCGCUGAGAGCGUGUGCUCCACCACCCGGAAGAUGCGCCGCUCACUGUCGGCCGACCUGCGCCAGGCCCACAGCGUGCGGGGCUCCUGCCUCUUCUGACUCUUUGGAGGCUCCAGACAGAGGGAGACCAGGACCCUGCAGCUCCAUCCUAGGAGGGUCCCCCACCUGCUCAGAUUAGUAUGCUCCCAAUAGAGGGGUGUCAGCCAUCACCAAGAGGAGCAACUUCCCGGGGCACCAGGCCGACCCAGAGGUGCUGGGACCAAGGCCACGUCUGUCCACAUGGAGCCUCUGGGACUGUCCUCCCCGGCCCCGCCCUUGUGCAUUCUCACCAGUACUGACUAUUUUAUAUACAGAUGCACAGAACUUCUGUGCUGGGGAACUGUCCUGUCUUGGCUCUUCCUCAGAAGGCCAGAGAAGACAGGAAAGGCCAGGGGCUCUGGACCAAACCUGUCCCCCUCCUGUGGCCAGCCGCUCUGGGCAUACGUCUCUAGGACGGGCCUGGCCAGAGACCUUGCUCCUAGUGACUGGUGGGCAGAGAGGCAUUUGGGGACAAGUGGGACCUCUUAGGAGGUGAUGCCAAAGGGUGACACCUGCCCAGUCCCACAUGGUUGCCUGGGCCUUUCCCGUGGGCCUGCUGGGACAGAGGCCACCCACAGAGGGCCCACGAAGCCGUCCUCCACCAUCCCUCUCAGUACCCCACCUCGCAGCCUGGGCUCCCCUCCGGGCCUCAGUGGCACUGGAUUGGUGACCAGCUACCUCUCUGGGCCACCAGGCCAGCCACCCCACCCCCACCCCCUAGCAGCGCAUACCUCAGCAUUCCGGAAAUGUGUGUGCAUCGCAGAUGUUUGUAUAUGUGAGGCAUUGAAAAUCUAUUUUCGUUACGAGAGCAAAGGAAGAAUCAUAAAAAACAAAAAGUUCCCA